AUGGGGGUACACCAGCUAUGGGACAUCCUCGGUCCUACCGCACGUCCCGUGCGUCUCGAGCUGCUUCUGCGCAAGCGGUUGGCGGUGGAUGCGUCGAUCUGGAUCUACCAGUUCCUCAAAGCCGUGCGUGAUGCCGAGGGCAACUCCAUCGGGCCGAGUCACAUCGUGGGGUUCUUCCGCCGUAUUUGCAAGUUGUUGUACUACGGCAUCCUCCCGGUGUUCGUGUUUGAUGGUGGGGCACCCGCCCUUAAGCGGGAGACCCUUGCCCUACGCAAAAAGCGCCGGGAGCACCAGGCUGAAUCGAAGCGUCACACCGCCCAGAAGCUUUUAGCAAUGCAAUUGCACAGCUCACGACUGAACAAGAACAACUAUUAUGAUAACCCCAUGACUUCAACCGAUGCACCACCACCAUCGAAGCGGUUUCGUAAGCAGGACGACUUCCACUUGCCCACUUUAUAUGAGUUUCGAACUCUGGAUCGCGAUGAGCGCGUACUCAGAGGCGAAGGGGUACCUCAUCAGGACAAUUAUGACUUUGACAUUGUCGAUGGGAUAAAUAUCAAUACGGUAGACCCAGAGUCCAAGGAGUUCGCUCAGCUUGCGAAGGAAACCCAGUAUAUGAUUUUGUCUCAUUUGCGUCUCAAACUGCGGUUGCGUAUGGGGUACCGUAAGGAAGACUUGGAGGAUAUGUUCCCCGACCUGUACGAUUUCCUGAGAUUCCAAAUAAAGCAAGUUCAAAAGCGUAACUUUUACACUCAGCGGCUUAUGGAAGCGUCAGGCAUGAGUGGUGAUAAUACUCUCAGCACUCAUAGAGUUGCAGGGGAACAGGACAGAGAGUAUCAACUUGUGAAGAGUGAAAACGGGUGGACCCUCUCACUUGGUGGGAAAAACUCAGCAUCUCUGCCGAUUCAAUUGGACGAAUACGGUAAUGAGAUCAAAUCCAACCCGUCCCUGUCUCCUAUAAAACUGUCCCCAGUUAAGCGAUCCCCAAGCAAACUUCAUUCGUCCCCAACUAAGGUUGUCGCUCUCUCCUCAGAUAGCGAACAAAGGGAUGCUGAUAAUCUAGAUGCCAUCAAUCAGUUAUAUGCUCAGAUGAAUGACUCCGACGAAGAGAAGAAAGAACCAUCGCCAACACCAGCUUACAUUCCCAAAUUAACUGACUUCGCUCCACAAACAGAGACAUACACAGAGCCGCCGUUGAAGACCGAGACGGAAGAUGUACAGUUAAAGGAGGAAAACGACGAUGACGACGAUUUCGCAUUCGGUCUGUCGCUUCUUGCUGCCCCUGCUCAGUCCAAGUCCAAUCCACUGCAAGACAAAAUCGAAGAGGAUGAUGAUGAUGAUGAUUUCGAAGACGUUCCACUCCACGAAGCACAAAUCGAUGAAGUGAUAAUCGACAAUGGAAGUCCCAAAAAGACUUUGGACAAUGAGGUGAAGCCGAAACAUGAUGCUGGCGUGCCUGUAGGCAACGCUACUAUCGAAAAGACCUCAGCGGAGGCGAUGUCUUUUGAAGUUGAAGAUAAUGGUCAAUUCGAUCUGGAGCCAAUUGAGGUGCUACAAGUGGAUGAAAAGUUUGAACAAGGUGGUGAUGAAGUCGUCGAAGUCGAUAACGGUGGGAGCGAUUCAAAACCGGAGAAGAUUGAGACUACCUCGCAAUCCAAACCUAUCACACUUCCACCUACUGAGCCUCUCAAUCCUCCUGAUUCUACAACUGUUGAUUCUGAUGACAACGAGCUGAAUCUUCCCCAGUCUCUGCCAGUCUCAAGAAAUCCUGAUUGGUUUAGCCAAGACCUCAAUAAUCCUCACAUGCCACGGCAGACAGUUGCGAGUAAGGAAAUGACAAAACCUAGUACUAGCAGCAACGCAGAUGGUUUGAUCUCAUGGGGUGAAGCUCAGGAACUUUUGGAAGACGACGACGUCGAAGACUCCACGUUCGAAGCAGAUGACAUCCAGGAAGUUGACCCUGCUAUCGAAAAACUUUUACCUCUGUCACCUGCCAAAGAAGACCUCCCCCUGUCUGAAUUGCAAGCCCCAGCUGAGGUGGUUGAUUACGAGUUCGAGGAGGAAGAGGAGGACGAAAUCGCAAAGAACCUUGCAGCUGAAGAGAAUUUACAUGAAAAGUUCAAUCAGCAAAUGGCAGACACUUAUCGACUGACCAACAAGACGUCCAAUUCAUCAAUCCAAGCAAAGCAGUUGCUUCAAGAAAAAAUUGCACGGGCUAAGCGUGAUUCAGAUGAGGUGACUCAAAAUAUGGUAUUAGAUGUGCAAGACCUCUUGUCUAGGUUCGGUAUACCAUUCAUUGUUGCACCCAUGGAAGCUGAGGCGCAAUGCGCUGAGCUUCAACAAUUGGGACUUGUUGAUGGAAUUAUAACGGAUGACAGUGAUUGUUUCUUGUUCAAUGGCACGAAGGUGUACAAGAAUAUGUUCAACCAAACUAAAUAUGUUGAGUGCUAUCAACUUCCCGAAAUUGAUGACAAGUUGGGCCUCAGUCGGGAUAAGUUAAUUGAGUUGGCUUUACUCUUAGGAAGCGAUUACACUGAGGGAAUCAAAGGUGUCGGUCCCGUUCUAGCUGUGGAAAUUUUGGCUGAGUUUGGAGAUCUCAAGCUGUUCAAAGAAUGGUACGAUCGACAAUUGACAACGUCAUUAACCUCGAAGCCACUGGAUGAACAAACAAAGCUACAAAAAACGCUUGCGACCCGCGUCAAAACAGGUAAGCUUUCUUUGCCAGAAAACUUUCCCGAUAGUGUUGUAAUUCGUGCUUAUACACAUCCAGAGGUUGACCGUUCGAAAUCACCCUUCAAGUGGGGUAUUCCAAAUCUUGAUCGUAUUCGUACAUUCUUGAUGUACAAUGUCAACUGGUCUCAAGAGCGUGUGGAUGAAAUAAUGGUGCCAUUAGUCCAAGAUCUUAACAGAAAGAAGGCUGAAGGUACGCAACUGACGCUUGGCGAAUUUUUCCCUCAAGAAUACUUGUCAUCCAAAGAAAUUAACUUGGGCAAACGGCUCAAAGCAGCAACUACAAAAAUGACCAAGCGUAAAAAGAAAUGA